AUGGCACCGACUCAAAAAAAAUGUGCUGCUGCAGCGAUGACUGCCGCUGCGGUCGGAAAAGUGAUAGCAAAAGAUGUGCAUUAUAGAGGUGUGAGAAAGCGGCCAUGGGGUCGUUACGCGGCUGAAAUUAGAGAUCCUGGAAAAAAAAGUAGAGUUUGGUUAGGCACAUUUGACACCGCGGAAGACGCCGCAAAAGCAUAUGAUGCUGCCGCCCGUGAAUUCCGCGGUGCCAAAGCCAAAACUAAUUUUCCACAUCCAUCAUUGACAGAGGAUGUGAAAAUAGAAAAUUGUAUCAAACCAAAUAACGGGGACGGUAAUCGGAGUCCUAGUCAGAGCAGUACUGUUGAGUCAUCACCAGCAACGGCGGCGAUGAUAGAAUCAUCGCCGCCUUUAGAUCUAACCCUCGGAGCUAUAAAUAGCUCCGGGGGUAUAUUUAACAAUGGUGUAGGUAAGUUUUUGUUACAAAAUCAUCAAUUUCAUGUUUCUCCAAUGAAUCAUAUGUACUAUUUUGAUGCUUUGCAACGAGCUGGAGCAAUUCAUCACGAAAAAAAUAGCCCCAAAACAGUGAAGAGCGAAUCGGAAUCAUCAUCUUCAGUGAUUGAUUUUUUUGGUAACGAUCGUAAAGUAAACGCUAAGGGUGUCGAUAUCGACUUAAAUUUUCCUCCAGCACCAGAGAAUAUGUGAAGAUUGAUGGCAUUGUUGAUGGGAGAUUUUGGUUUUAAUUAGUUUAGUUGUAAUGUUGUUUAAGUUUGUAAUGUUCCCCCUUUUACUUUUGAGAAAUUAGUGAAGAGUUAAAGAAAAUAGUAUAUGAUAGGGAAAUGUAGUUUAAUAUGGGGGAUUGGUGAUCACCGUUUUAUGUGAAUAUUGAAAGAUCUGAUCUUUAUAAAAGUUAGUUGGAAUUAA